AUAAAUAAUAACAAUGUUAAAAAUAACAAAAUGGUCCUAGCGAACACAUAAUCCUUCCUAUAUGCCAGGAAUUGCUCCAUAUGCCAGGAAUUGCUCCAAGUGCUUUACUUACGUUAACACAUAGGUAAACACAUUUGCACCGAUGCACUGCAGUGUGGAGACAAGAGAAAGAUGAGGAUGGGACUAGGGAUAGAGAAAAGUGUACAAGUGCUUACUAUUUGGCAGGAAAUGAGGGACAGGAAUAGAGUGGGUGACCCCAAGACAGUGGGACAGCCUUUAGCUGCAGGUUAGAGGGAACUGGUUGGGUUCUUCAGGCAGUGUGGGCAGAGUUAACAGUGUUGGGGCAGGCUGGCAAGGAAGGUUCGGGUGACUCCCACGUCUCUACUGCCUGGGUUAUCCACUGACCUCUAACACAUUUCUCCUUAACCUGUCAGGUCUCCCAGGAUCCCCGAAUAGUUUCGUCUUAUUCAGCAGUUGGACAUUUGCUGAUGGUCCCUGAAGUUUUGCGUCAGUUUCCGUAGGCAGGAAUUGUGCCACGUUCCCUGGAACAUGCGCAGGGCGGAAGCGGAAGCAACGACGCUGGCUCCGGCAGCCGAGCGGCCAGGAACGGAAGCGGAAGUGGCGGCGGCGCCGGCCUGGCCUGGCCUGGCUGAGGGGAGGCGGCGGGCGGGCGCGAUGGCGGAGGCCGGGCCACAGGCGCCGCCGCCCCCGGGCACUCCGAGCCGGCACGAGAAGAGUCUGGGACUUCUCACCACCAAGUUCGUGUCGCUUCUGCAGGAGGCCAAGGACGGCGUACUUGACCUCAAGCUGGCAGCUGACACCCUAGCUGUGCGCCAGAAGCGGCGGAUUUACGACAUUACCAACGUGUUAGAAGGUAUUGGGCUGAUCGAGAAAAAAUCCAAGAACAGCAUCCAGUGGAAGGGUGUGGGGCCUGGCUGCAAUACCCGAGAGAUUGCCGACAAGCUGAUUGAGCUCAAAGCAGAGAUCGAGGAGCUGCAGCAGCGGGAGCAAGAACUGGACCAGCACAAGGUGUGGGUGCAGCAGAGCAUCCGGAACGUCACAGAGGACGUGCAGAACAGCUGCUUGGCCUACGUGACUCAUGAGGACAUCUGCAGAUGCUUUGCUGGAGACACUCUCCUGGCCAUCCGGGCCCCAUCAGGCACCAGCCUGGAGGUGCCCAUCCCAGAGGGUCUCAAUGGGCAGAAGAAGUAUCAGAUUCACCUAAAGAGUGUGAGUGGCCCCAUUGAAGUGCUGCUGGUAAACAAGGAGGCAUGGAGCUCACCACCUGUGGCUGUGCCUGUGCCACCCCCUGAAGAUCUGCUCCAGAGCCCAUCUGCUGUGUCUACCCCUCCACCUCUGCCCAAGCCUGCCCCAGUCCAGUCCCAGGAAGCCUCAUGUCCAAGCAGUCCCCAGCUGACCACUUCCACCCAUGUCCCUGGCACCACCGAUGUCCUAGGGGUGGCCUGCCCAGCAGCUGAGAUCACAGGGGAUGUGGUUGCAGUGAGUGGUGGCCCUGGAACUGACAGCAAGGACAGUGGUGAGCUCAGCUCACUUCCGCUGGGCCCGACAGCACUGGACACCCGGCCACUGCAGUCUUCUGCCCUGCUGGACAGUAGCAGCAGCAGCAGCAACAGCAGCAGUUCAUCUGGACCGAACCCUUCUACCUCUUUUGAGCCCAUCAAGGCGGACCCCACAGGCGUUCUGGAACUCCCCAAAGAGCUGUCAGAAAUCUUUGAUCCCACACGAGAAUGCAUGAGCUCAGAGCUACUGGAAGAAUUGAUGUCCUCAGAAGUGUUUGCCCCCCUCCUUCGUCUUUCUCCGCCCCCGGGAGACCACGAUUACAUCUACAACCUGGACGAGAGUGAAGGUGUCUGUGACCUCUUUGAUGUGCCUGUUCUCAACCUCUGACUGACAGGGACAUGCCCUGUGUGGCUGGAACCCAGACCUGGGGGCUGCCUGGGGACUUGCCCCUAGCCACCCCUACACAGUGUGAGAGCCACAGACUCCUGGCUUCCCCAGCCUGCCCUCUGCACAGUUCUGGCCACAGCUCCCAUUCCUGCACUUGCACUGUGCUCCCAGUGCAGGGGAAAGGGGCUCAGCCCCCACCACCGUGGAGCCAAAGUGUUUGUCUCCUUUUCUGGGGCCUUCCCCAACCCAGGCUCGGCUGCCACCCAGUGGCACAGAACCGAGGACCCGCCAUCGCCCCUGUAGGGCAGCUUGUCCAGCCUCACUACCCUGCUGCCAUCCCGUUUCCCCCCAGGGAGAAAAGGGUGGGGUAGAGCUGGGCACGUGCCAGCACCACCCCUAGCUUCCUUCGCUGCACCCCACCCCUCAGCCCUCCAGCU